AUGUCAACUACAAUCACAGAGAAGGAAACUAGUACUACCACAGUUUCACCUUCACCUUUAUCUUACACAUCAACUUCAUUUUUCAAACAUAACAAUUCUUCCAAUGAUUCCCUAGAUUCACAAUCAACCAUUAAAAUCACAUCUUCUCCAUCUCCAACACCCACCAUUACUAAUACUACUACUAGUACAACAACAACAACAACAACAACAACCAAACCAAAGAAGAUUAGUAUCCCAAACUAUUAUGUGCCUCCAAAAGUACCAAUAAUAACUUCACAAGAUGAACCUGUUUCUCCUUCUGAAUAUACCCCAUUACCACCUAAAUUAAUUCGUAAGAAAUCUGGUGAAUUGGUUAAAUCUUCAUUGAAAUUAUCAAGCUUAUUGCAACGUUCUUUAUCAACUCCACAAUUAUCAUCCAAAUCUGCUCCAUCUACUCCAAGAAAAUCUGUCCGUUUUGCAUCAAGAUUAAUCAAAGUUAAAAUGUUUGAUGGUUGUGAUUCUCCUUCUGCUGUUUCUUCAACCAAUUGUUCACCUUGUCAUUCACCUCCUUCAUAUGAUUUCGAACCAGAUUUCUUUGACGCUGAUGAUGUCUACACUUUGAUUAAAAACAGAAAUCACUCAAGAAAGAGAGCCGGUUUUGAUUGGAACUGGGAUAAAUCUACUGCUUCUUCAAGUUCUUCUGAAGAUGAAGAUGAAGAUGAAUAUUGGUCAACUCCAAAAACAUUUACCAAUAACGGCAGUAACAACAGUCACUCCAAUACCACCUUUUCUGCUCCUUCUGCUUCCAGAGAAUAUAGAUUAACUUCUCAUAACAUUCCAAAGAUGGUCAACACUAAAGAAUCCAUUGUUUGGUUGCCAUCUGCAUAUGUUUUGAAAACCGAUGGUAAAACUUUUCUUUAUGGUUUGGUUAAUGUUAAGAAUUUGGCAUUUGAAAAGAAGAUUGUUGUUAAAUUGACUUUGAACAAUUGGAAAACUAGUGUUGUGUUUGGUGGACAAUCAAUUAUUUCUUAUGUCAAAUCAAUUGAUUCAAUUGAUCAAUUUAAAUUCAAAAUUUCUUUGGAUGACUUGAUUUAUGGUUCAAACAAUGUUGAUUUACAAUUGUGUAUCAAAUAUGAAGUUAAUGGUAAUGAAUAUUGGGACAACAAUUUUGGAAACAACUACAAGUUCAAAUUGACUAGAGUUGAAAAGAAGCAAGCUCUUCCACAUCAUCCAAAGGUUUCUUCAACAUUAGCUUCAUUAUCCAAAAAGGAAGAUGAUUCUCCACAAUUUAAUGAAUUGGUUUCCAAAUUAAUGUUGCAUAAAGAUUCUACCAAGAAAACCGCUGGUCAACGUAGUUUUUCAGUUUUCAACAAUUUUGAAGAUUCUUCUUCACCAGCUGGAGUCCGUCCUCCAUUGUUUGGUAAAUCAUUUUCAUCAAGUGAUAUUGUUAAUACUCCAAGACAAAGAUACUCACAGAGACAACAACGUUCUCAUAGAAGAGAUACAGUUUCUACUACCGUCACAUCAAAAUCUUCAACUGCUAAUUCCAAUCCAACCAAACUUGAUUUUUCAAGUUUGAGUUAUACUGAUUUAUUGAACAAUUAUUGUUUUGCCAAUAACUCAACUACAAGUAACAGUUCAUCUACUUCAUCUACUUCUACACCUAAUACUCCAAUUUUAGCAUCUUGUCUGCCACCAUCCACUGCAUCGACAUUACAUUCAUUCAGUGAUUCAAUUCAUAUUUGA